AUGGCAUCGUUCCGAUCACAAGGCGCAAUGAGCCUUCUCAGGAAUGCUGGGGCAAACCAUUUGGGCCUACGUGCAACCUCAAUACGGUUCCAGAGCUCACUCACUUCACCUGCAGGAGCUUCUCUUGACAAUGGCAACCAACCUGACUAUGACGUGCCCGCAGACAAAGCUACCUCCACCUUCACCCCCGUGCCUUCGCGUGUCCAGGAUGGCAGCGAGAAUAUUCUUCCCGCCGCAGUACUCUCGGGUGCACCCAUGGAGCUUCAGGCCCGGACUGUUCGAAUUUAUAAAGAAUCUAAGCCUGCGACCCAAUCCGGAGAUUUUAGAACUGAGCGUUGGCGAAUGGAUUGGGAUAUCCUUCCAAAGGGCCACAGGUGGGAGAACCCCUUAAUGGGUUGGCAGUCGUCGGGAGACUUCAUGCAGGGUACACAUGUUAAUUUCAAGAGCAAGGAAGAUGCUAUUCACUUUGCGGAGAAGCAGGGGUAUGAGUACUUUGUUCAGGAGCCCAAUUCGCGCAAGUUUACGCCGAAGGCCUACGCAAACAACUUCCUGUACUCUCCGAAGAAGCUGAAGCACAUUCGCACCAAAUAG